AUGGCCGUGGCCCGGCUGCUGCUGCUGCUGCUGCUGCUGGUGCGGGGGUCCGGCGGGGAGGACGCCGAGGUGGUCUGCGCCCACACCGCCUGCUACACCCUGCACCGGGCUGAGCUGGACUGGAGCGGCGCCCAGGAGCGUUGCCGGCACAACGGCGGCAACCUGGCUCCGGCCCGCAGCCCCGCCGAGGCCGAGCGGCUGCAGGAGCUGCUGGCGGCGGCCGGCUGGCUGGGCCCGGCCUGGAUCGGGCUCUCGCUCUCGCGGGGCCGGUGCGUCCAGCCGCAGGAGCCGCUGCGAGGCUUCGCCUGGGCGGCCGGCGGGGAGCCCGGUAACUACUCGGCCUGGCUGUCCGAGCCCGCCGUCACCUGCCUCAGCUCCCGCUGCGUCAGCCUGCGGCCGGCCGGGCCCUCCGGCACCGCCGGCUGGGCCAACCGCCCUUGCCGGACCCUGCUGUCCGCCUUCCUCUGCAAGUUCAGCUUCCGGGGGAUGUGUGGGCCGCUGCCGCUGGCCGGGCCCGGCCGGGUCAGCUACACCACCCCCUUCGGGGUGCGCAGCCCCCGGCUGGCGGCGGCCCCCUUCGGCACGCUGGCGGAGGCCGACUGCGAGGGGGGCCAGGGCCCGGCCUUCGCCCUCUGCAAGGGGCCGCUGGAGGGGGGGCGCUUCGCCUGGCACCCCCCCGGCCCCCUCUGCCCCGCCGCCUGCGCCCACCGCAACGGGGGCUGCCAGCACCGCUGCCUGGAGGAGCCAGGGGAGCCCCCGCGCUGCGCCUGCCAUGCCGGCUACGCCCUGGCCCCUGACAUGGCCUCCUGCCUGCCCGAGGACGCCUGCCACCCCAACCCCUGCCAGGGGACCUGCCAGACCCGGCCUGGCGGCUUCGAGUGCGGCUGCGAGGCCGGCUACACCCUGGCGCCCGACGGCCGCCGCUGCCUGGACGUGGACGAGUGCCUGGCCGAGCCCUGCCAGCACGAGUGCCACAACACAGCCGGCAGCUUCGUCUGCCUCUGCCGGCCCGGCUACCAGCCGACGGGGCCGGACGGCCGCCGCUGCCGCGACGAGGACGAGUGCGCCCAGCCCGGCGUCUGCCCCCAGCUCUGCCUCAAUGUCCCCGGCUCCUUCCACUGCGCCUGCCGGCCCGGCUACCAGCGCCAGCCCGGCAGCGGCGAUGCCUGCCUGGACGUGGACGAGUGCCUGCGGGACCCCUGCCCGGGGCCCUGCCGCAACCUGCCCGGUGGCUUCGAGUGCCUCUGCUCACCCGGCUUCCUCCCAGAGGAGGAUGGACAUGGCUGCCGCGCCGCACCCACCACCAGAGAGGAGUCCGCAGGGGCCCCCAACAGCACCCCACAGACCACGGGCAUCCCACAGACCACGGGCGCCCUGCAGACCACGGGCACCCUCCAGACCACAGGUGCCCCAUGGACCACGGGCAUCCCCCAGACCCCGGGCAUCCCCGUCGGGGCAACGCCGCCGGCCCCCACAGCAGUAGGGUCGGUGCCCGGCCCCGAGCACAGCGCCGACGGCCCCAGGCUGCUCCUCUACUACAUCCUGGGCAGCCUGGUAGCCAUCCUGCUGCUGCUGGCCUUCGCCCUGGUCCUGCUGGCCUGCAGGAAGAGGGCGGCCAAGCGGGAGAAGCAGCCGGCCAAAAGCGCGGCGGACAACUACUGCUGGGUGCCCGAGCAGCCGGAGAGCCGCGGGGCGGGCGGCGAGCGCAGGUAACGGCACCUGGGGCAGCGAGGGGGGAGGCAGAGCCGCGAGCUG